GAAUAACCUUAAAAAAAAAAAGAGCGCUGAGCUUUCGUCUCGGACGGUGUAACGGCUUCACAUUCCGUUUUUGGAUCCACUUCGACAUGCUGCACAUAUUAUUGGAGUAAGAGCCCGGCAGUCAAUUAAUCGCUCCUAUCUUUUCUUGCAACAUUGUUGCAGCGUCGCGGCUAUUGACACACGUUGUGGUGGUGGUUAGGCUGCUGGAGGGACCGGAGGCCUGUGGUCGUUUUGAUCCUGGACUGAUGUUUCGGACAACCUGAGUUUUAAUGUUCGCGACGGAAAGCGGGGGAAAUCUCUGUCCUGUAUUUAAAACGGAACAUGUCUUUUUCAUGGCUGACUUGUUCACUUCUUCUGGGAACUUUGUGCGCAGGGUACAGUCUUGGCGAAGCAGAGACCCGGGAGUGUGUGUACUACAAUGAUAACUGGCGUACGGAGAGGACCAACCAGAGUGGCUUCGAGCGCUGCGAGGGGGAGAAAGACAAGCGACUGCACUGUUAUGCCUCCUGGCUCAACUCCUCAGGGACCAUCAAGCUAGUGAAGAAAGGCUGCUGGCUGGACGACUUCAACUGCUAUGACAGGCAAGAGUGUGUCUCCAUGGAGGAAAACCCUCAGGUCUUCUUCUGCUGCUGCGAGGGCAACUACUGCAAUGAACGAUUCACCCACCUUCCUGACAUGAUUGGCAGUGGCAACCGAGUGAAAAUUCGGCCUCCACCCCGAGUGCCGUCCCUGCUCAACGUGCUGGUGUACUCCCUGCUGCCACUCUGCGUUCUGUCUCUGGCCCUCGUUCUGGCCUUGUGGAUGUACCGCCACCGCAAACCUCCCUAUGGCCACGUAGACCUGAUUGAGGAUCCUGGACCAGCUCCUCCAUCCCCUUUGGUGGGUCUAAAACCACUGCAGCUGCUGGAAAUCAAAGCCAGGGGGCGCUUUGGUUGUGUAUGGAAGGCCCAGUUAAUGAGCGAAUAUGUUGCUGUAAAGAUCUUCCCUGUUCAGGAUAAGCAGUCAUGGCAAAAUGAGCGGGACAUAUUCUUGACCCCAGGAAUGAGACAUGAAAACAUCUUGCGUUACCUUGCUGCAGAGAAGCACGGAACCAACUUGGAAACAGAGCUGUGGCUCAUCACUGAGUUUCAUGAGAGGGGCUCAUUGACAGACCACCUGAAGGGUAACACUGUGACCUGGACUGAGCUGUGUCACAUAGCAGAGACCAUGUCCCGCGGCUUGGCCUACCUCCAUGAAGACAUUCCCAGCUACAAGGGAGAAGGGCCCAAACCCACUAUUGCGCACAGGGACUUCAAGAGUAAGAAUGUGAUGCUACGAGAUGAUUUAAGUGCAGUCAUUGGAGACUUUGGGCUCGCUGUACGAUUUGAACCAGGAAAACCUCCUGGAGAUACACAUGGCCAGGUGGGUACGAGGCGUUACAUGGCUCCAGAGGUGCUGGAGGGAGCCAUCAACUUUCAGCGAGACUCCUUCCUGAGGAUAGACAUGUAUGCUAUGGGCUUGGUGCUGUGGGAGCUGGUGUCCCGCUGCUCAGACACAGACGUUACAGUUGGUGAGUACAUGCUGCCAUUUGAGGAUGAAAUAGGCCAGCAUCCCUCCCUGGAGGAUCUACAGGAUGUGGUUGUGCACAAGAAGAUGCGUCCAGUCAUCAAGGACCUCUGGCUCAAACAUCCUGGUCUAAGCCAGAUGUGCGAGACCAUCGAGGAAUGCUGGGACCAUGACGCAGAGGCACGACUGUCGGCAGGCUGCGUCGAGGAGCGUAUCAGCCAGAUCACCAGGACGAUAGGCAGCACUACCUCAGACAGCCCCGUCUCCAUUGUGACGUCUCUCAUCAACGAGGACCUACCUCCCAAAGAGUCCAGCACCUGAACUGGUGACACCAUCCUUCACCUGAGCUCCUGACUUUUAUUUUUCAAAUCCAAACUCAGCGGAUCUCUGUGAAUAUUUAAACGCAUAAAAAAACAACUAGCAACUUAAAUGCAGCUGCUAUUUUAUCCCAUACUGGUAUUUUUUUUUUUUUCUGUUAAAUGUUUUUUCUGUGUUUAAAGUCAGACCUUACUAACACAUCCAUCUGCUGUAGUUGAAGUAGUAAUAAGCUAUGCGAUGGGCACAUCUGAUAACACCCAUGUGUCAAAUCUUAAAUGUUGUCAUUACCUCAUGUAUUUCUUUUGUGUUGGUCUAUUUUAUUACCUCAUGAGUUGUCAUCUUUGUUGUUUUUCCUGUCGUGGUCAUGAUCGUCUGCGGCCAAAUGAAAUGAACCUUUGCUCCAAACCUCAGACGACGUGCUGCACACCUCGGAGGAACUGUUUUGAGACUGUUAGACAAAAUAUAUACAUCUUCCUCAGGGGUCGAAGCUUCUCGAUUUUUAAACUCGGAGUGUGCUCUCUUAUUUUAAACCUGUGAAUUCCUCAGAACGAAAAAAAAAAAGAUCAAAAACAUGGGAGCACAGCUGUUUUAUCGUAAGUGAGGGAGCUGAAUGGGAGCUGAGCAGUUGUUUUGGACAUUUUGGACUUUUUGAAGAUUUGGGACAAGCGUCUUGUCCUCGGGGAACUACCUCUCAGGUAUCCAGUAGGCUUCUUUGGAACAUUUUCUCUAAGUUGAGAGCCAAGCUAUCCAGCUAGCUAUCAUGAACAUAUUCCUGGAUUUUUUUUUUCUUUUUCUUUUUUUUUUUUCUUUUAUUUUUUCAAAUUGUUGAAAUACAGAGUUACGCCUUUGCCAGUGCCAGGGGCAUUGACAGAUGCUGUCUGGAGUUGCAAUGUUACACAUUCUUAAUUUUAACUGUCUGUGUGAAUGUGUGUGUGUGUGUGAGAAUUUAAAGAGUAAAUGACGUGCGAUGGAUAGAGAGCAUGUUUUUAAAGUAAGAACCAUGGACAGGUAGUUGGGGGUUUAUCCUUGCGAGGGCCAUACUUGAGUAAGCAACAUGUCUGUUUUUAAUUUCCUUGGGUGUUUGUUCAAUAGACUCAGUUGGACACCAGUCCCCAGAUACCUCAGUCACUGUAUGUCAUGCAAGGAGAGCUCAAAUUGUUGCCUUUGUCCCAAAUGCAAUGCCAUAGUUGUACCAUAACAUGAAUACCAUACAUUGAAUGUCCGUUAUGCUGCUGUGACUAUUCCAGGAUACUCAAGGAUUUGUAGAUGUACAUGUAUUCUUUGGUAAUAUAACGCUAACAUGUGAUAACUAUCCACGAUAUUAUAUGAGGCUAAUAUUC